AUGGCCAGACAGCGUGAAAAAGAUGAAGCCGAAUUCAGGCUUAAGAGUCAAGAAUUAGAAAUUCGACGACUAGAGGUAGAAGGUAUGAAUAAUCGAAGAGUGGCCAAUGAUGCUAGUGAGGAUAAUAACACGAUAAAACUAAUGCAACAGACUCGAUUUUUCGCGGAGUCGUUAAAACAUCUGAUAGGAACGUGUCCGUUAGAGCCAAGAGAUAUUCCUGCAUUCUUUGAACACGUAGAGAAAAUUUUUCGAAACUAUCACGUAGACGGAGAAAUUAAAGCCAAUUUGUUGAUAAUGAGUUUGAACGAAAAGGCCAAAACGUGGUUACAUACUAUUUCCGCCGACGGUCUGAAGGAUUAUAGCGAAAUUAAAAGACUCAUUCUGCAGGAGUUCAGGUUGAACCCGACAAAAUUGAGAGAUGAAUUCUUUGCCCUGAGAAGGCAGAAAAGCGAAUCGUACACGAGUUUCGGGGCGAAAUUAUACGGCACGCUGAACCACUAUUUUCAAAGCCGUAACAUUACGGGAUUAGAAGAUGCAAUGAAAUUGAUAUGUGCAGAUAGAAUGAAAGAGUUGCUAUCAAGACAUACUCUGGAAUUUAUUUUGUCACAAAAGCAAGCAGCUUCCUGGAUGAGUCCUGACGUGUUGGCACAAACGAUCGACAAAUAUGAAACUGCCAUGAACAUGAAAGUUUCGAGCGACAAUACAUGUAUGCCGGAGAGUAUCAAUCAGAUACAAUCAUUUCGAGAAAAUGAGCACCAGAUGUAUAGAAGUAGCAACAACAAAUCAGCUUCACCCAAACAAACCUGUUUUUCUUGCGGGAAGAUUGGUCAUAUUGCAAAGCACUGUACAUGGAAAAAUAGAAUUACACCUACGGCCACUAAAAACGUCAUGCGCUGUGAGACGGACAAAAAAACGCAGAGACCAGUUGAAAUCGAAUCACCAAUAAGAACAAAGGAAGUUGUCAUUGAAGCAAACAAAUUUUAUGAUCGCAAGUACAUCGAAGUAAAUAUUAACGACGAGAUUGAUCAAAAGGCGUUAAUUGAUAGUGGAUCAGAAAUAUGCUGCAUCAGUGAAGAGAUCAGCUACCAGUUAAAAUUACAGCCGUGUUGUAACUUCAAAGAUCCCUAUUUUCGACUUUUAACUCCAGGGUUUAGUAGCUUGCACUGCUGUUACAUUAAUGAAUCUCUAUCACGUUAA